UGCAUUUGUUGUAGCAACAUGACUGCUCAAAUGCAACACGAAGUGGAAGAGUAUCUAGAGAAACAUAAAGUAAUUGAGCUAUUAAAUAAUUUAACUGCAGAACUUAUUUAUUCGCAACCAGAAGAUCCAAAGCUUCACCUGGUUAAACAACUGCAGUCUUUGAAAGCAUCUCAGACGGGAGAGAAGCCAGUUCCUCCAUGUUUGUUUCAGGGGAACCAUCUCCGCUCCUUGUUUGGCAUGCUGGAUUCUAGCGGCAGUGGACAUAUCUCUAGGGAACAAUACAGAGAAGCCAUGAAGACGCUUGGUGUUUCUAAAUUUGAUGAAUUCCCACCAGGCGGCGAAAUGGAUCACAUUGUUAUUGACACAUUUGUGAAAGCAGCGAAAGCUGGCUUGGAGCAGGCCUGGGAAACCUACGCAUCAUAGGCGGAUGUGUGGAGUAUGUGGGAGUAGUUACACAAGCAGCGGAACUCAAGCGUGACGAUGGAAGGACGCACAAGACUCCCUCUUGUCCAGCGCCACAGACUUUCUGGAUUCAUCGCUGGCCACCGAAAAACCUUAUUCCGCGUCGCGACCAAUGCUUCACUCUCUAAUAAAAAUACGUCUUUGUAUAUAUAUAUAUAUGUAUUGUAAUUAUUAAAAGCAAAAAGUGAUACGUUAA